GCACGAAGGAAAUGGGCCCGCGGCUCUCCGAUGACUUGAGUUUACGUAGGCGCUUGUAGUAGGCUAUGUUUUCUUUUGAGUCGUUAAUUUUCCCAUUUUCUCCUUUUUUUUUUCUCUCCUCUCUCCAUCUUCAUAUCCUGAGUUUUGGGUUACAAAGUUAUAACAGUUACUCCUCCCCCACAUCUUGUGACUGUUGUACCUCAACGGCUUGUGGCUUUUAUCCCACAUUAUACCCGCUCUCUCUUAACUCCGAACUCACACUCUCAUCGUAAAGUGAAAGCCGUCAAGAUGCCUUCCACCGCUCUGCGCAUGAAGACCCUCAGGGCCUACGCCAAAUAUGGCCAGAACUACGGCGCUCUCUUCACCCGCGCCUUCUCCCUCACCCCCCGCCGCUACGAGAUCAACAAGAUCUACCCCUCAGCCGCCGAAGCAAUCAAGGACAUGAAACCCAACUCGACCCUCCUCUGCGGCGGCUUCGGCCUCUGCGGCGUCCCCGACACCCUCAUCAACGAAGUCCACAACCGCCCCGACCUCACCGGCCUCACCGCCGUCUCCAACAACGCCGGCACCGACACCUCGGGUCUCGGCAAGCUCCUCAAGACGAAGCAGGUCAAAAAGAUGAUCGCCUCGUACAUUGGCGAGAACAAGACGUUUGAAAAGAUGUACCUCACCGGCGAGAUCGAGCUCGAGCUCACACCACAGGGCACGCUCGCCGAGCGUUGCGCCGCCGGCGGGAAGGGUAUCCCCGCCUUUUACACCCCCGCUGCUUUUGGCACGGUGGUUCAGACGGGUGAGUUGCCUCUGAGGAACAAACCCGACGGUACACCGGAUGAGUUUUCUUAUCCGAAGGAUGUGAAGGUUUUUAACGGCAAGAGCUACUUGCUUGAGCAUGCGAUUGCGGGUGAUGUUGCUUUUGUCAAGGCGUACAAGGCGGACAGGCUGGGGAACUGCCAGUUCAGGCUGGCGGCUAACAACUUCAACGGGGCGAUGGGGAGGAACGCAAAGAUGACGAUUGUGGAGGCGGAGAAUAUUGUUGAGCCGGGGGAGAUUGCACCUGAGGCGGUGCAUUUGCCUGGGAUUUAUGUCCAGAGGGUGGUUCAGUCUACUGCGGAGAAGGGGAUUGAGAAGUACACGUGGGCCAAGGACCCCAACGAGGAGGCUGACCCCAAGGCUGCUGCUGCGUUGGGUAGCGGUGAGACGAGGGCGAAGAGGGAGAUGAUUGUUAAGAGAGCUGCCAAGGAGUUCAAGAAUGGCAUGUAUGCCAACCUUGGUAUCGGCAUGCCUAUGCUUGCUCCGGGUUUUGUGGGUGAGGAUGUGGAGGUUAUGCUCCAGAGCGAGAAUGGUAUUCUUGGUCUUGGCCCUUACCCACGAAAGGGCGAGGAGGACGCCGAUCUUAUCAACGCCGGCAAGGAGACUGUCACCCUCCGCCCCGGUGCCUCUGUCUUCGGCUCUGAGGAGUCUUUCGGUAUGAUCAGAGCUGGCCGUAUCAACCUCACCAUUCUUGGUGCUAUGCAGGUCAGCGCCAGCGGUGACCUCGCCAACUGGAUGUUGCCCGGCAAGGUCAAGGGCUUCGGUGGUGCCAUGGACUUGGUUUCCAACCCCGAGAAGACCAAGGUCGUCGUCACCAUGGAGCACACCGACAAGAAGGGCAACCCCAAGAUUGUCAAGCAGUGCGCCUUCCCCUUGACCGGCAAGGCUUGCGUCAGCCGUAUCAUCACUGAGCUUGGUGUCUUCGACGUCGACUUCGCCCACGGCCUCACCCUCAUCGAGAUCGCCCCCGGCGUCACCGUCGAGGAGAUCAAGGCCAAGACCGAGGCACCCUUCCACGUUGCCGAAGACCUCAAGCCUAUGCUCUAAGUCUGAGGAUCGGAUGAGAGAGAACAGUAGAGAAGAGCAGAUUUCCUUAACAUGUCUUGGGAAGGUGGUCGUUAUGGGUUGGUUGGCUUGGGUAACCGAAAACAUUGAAUGGGAAUAUGUGUAUAUAUAUAAUGCCGUAUGUGUACAUUGGGCAUGGUGUUGGCUUGUCUUUUUUAGGAUCAAAAAUAGCAGGCCUUUUGUUAUCGUUUUCUUUUCUUGCA